AUGGCAUCAGCAGUCGCAGUAGCCAUGCCUGUGCCUCCCACAGCCGGCAUCAAGGCAAGACCAAUGCUCUCGAUCGACCCAGCCGUCCUAGCAAAGCCAUCGACACCAGCCUUUGUCGUGCCCACCAUCCUCAUCACGCCUCCCGACGCACCUCCACAAUACUCGACCAGCGUCCCAGAACAGAAGUACGAAAAGUCGGUCCUUUUCGUACCAGUAAAGACCGAGGAGCUUGGUUGGGAUGAACAUGGUCUGUACUGGAACGGCACAUAUGCCUAUCCCGUCCAUCAGAUCUACAAUAAAGAAGGUCAGCCCAUUGGCAGACGGCGCAAGGGUCCGCACGGCUACCGCUUUGAAGAGUACUACGACAACAAGAAGCCCCGUCGUGGCUCUUCGCCGCAUUCUUCAGCCUCGUCGUCGUCCUCUUCACCCUCUUCAGCAGCGGCAGAUGAUACCGUAGAAGAAGCUAGCGUCCGUCUUGAAGAGCCGGCGCCACAGAGGAUCGAGUUCACGGCCAAGUCUAUCGUUCCGGAAGAGCAAGCUGAAGGGCCAGUGCCCGAGCCCAUGGAGGAGGAAGCAGAAGAGCUCGUAAGCCCAACAAGCCCGACUCUGUCUGUCGCAUCGGACUGGGCCGAGACCGAGGAUUCGAGUUCUAUUUGCGAUGAUUCGAGCUCCCUGUGGUCGCGCAAUGAUGCAGCCUCGGACGACGGCGAAAGCAGAUGCACCUCACCGGGUGUCAUGUCUCCACCCAUGGACGUCGACACUCCAGCAGAGUUGCAAGUAGAGACACUCAGCAAGAAGCUUUCGGAUCUGCCCGCAGCCAACAAGGUCAACAAGACUUCCUGGCUCUCGCUGGGUACGCUUCCUUCGUCUACAGCAUCGCCGUCAUCGGCAUCGUCUUCGUCAGCAGCAUCUUCCAGAUCGCAAUCACUUCCGGUGUCACGUGUCACCAGAUCCAAACCAGCCCUCGAGAUCUCACGCAACCAUCGAGCCACUUCCAGCCCAAUCUUGGAUCCCCCGCAACGAGAGCAUCGUAGACACAGCACUCCCAUGGCUUUCCAGUCCAUCAUUCAGGAUCUGACCACAUCGCCCUUCGCAUCUUCUUCGUCGACGUUGUCCGCCAAGGCACCGUAUCGAUCAGCAACACUUCCACGAUCAACAUCACGGACCGUAUACACACAAAGCAAACUGGCAGGCAGCGUCUUACGACCUCCACCACCGCAGUACACUUCCGCUCCACGCAACACGCAUGACGACCCAUCGUCGUCGUCGUCGUCGUCGUCGUCGUCGUCAAAGUUCUCGAGUAGAUCGAGAAGCGAAGCAUGGCACUCGACCCCGGAUUCAGACUUUGCAGCUGGAUGGGCUUUUGAAAAUCCCUCCUCCGCUCCUAUGGCUAAUCACUAUUAG